AUGGCCGCCAACGGCCAGCCGGCGGCGGCGGUCGCCACCAUCGACGACCUCCCUGAAAACCUGCUGCUCGAUAUCUUCCUCCGCCUUCCCUCCCUCUCGGACCUCGUCCGCGCCGCCUGCACCUGCCUGGCCUGGCGCAACCUGGUGACCAACUUCCCCCCCUUCCGCCGUCAAUUCAUCGACCUCCACCCGGCGCCCCUCCUCGGCCUCUUCUUCGACACGCCGUUUCAGGCUGUCCCCGGCAUCCCCACCUUCGCCCCCGCCCGCCGGAAUGAUCCGGAGCUCGUGGCCGCCAUCUUGAGCGGUGACUUUUUCCUCACCAGCCUCCAGGCGCGCGACGGCCCGGAAGCUAACUGGAGCUUCCUCGACGCCUGUGGCGGCUACCUUCUCCUCAUCAAAGAGGAUGAGGUAUUGCUCCUGCUGCUAAACCCCUUGGCACGGUGGUGCGAGCGGUUCUUUGAUCUGAGUGACUCCCGCAUCUUCGAGGACGACGACUACGACCGCGAAGGCGAUCGUCAACUCCUUUACGCCGGCCUGAUCUGCGAUGACGAAAACCCCGCGAGCUUUGGCAUCUUCUGUCUUGCUGCCCAUGGAGAGUUCAGGUUGCGGGCUGCGGUCUUCUUCUCAUUCUUGGGAAUGGGCGGCGAUUGGUUCCUCUCCCCAUGGUUGGAUGUCCCGCACCAUCCCAACCCCCACCCGGAAGGUGACGAAGAUGACGAAGAUGACGAUGGUGACGAAGGUGAUCUUGUGCUUGAGAGCGGCAUGCGAGUGGGUAAUUUCAUCUACUGGCUUUAUCAGAAUCGUGCGUAUGUGGUUGUCUUGGACCCCGACCCAAACAACCCGCGAUUGUUUGUUGAGAUGAUCCCCCCUCUUCUAAAUCUGGAAGGUUUUCGCAGCUCGAUCCUUGGCCAAAUUAACGGCGAUAAGAUGUGCAUUGCUUAUUCAAAUGGAUUCAACAUCGGUUUCAUGCUGCGUCAAGAAGAUGGCCUUGAUGCUGGGGCAUGGGCUAACAGCAGGGUAUUCAACCUGACUGAUCAAGUUCGACGGAAGCUUGGGUACAUACCCCAGAAUGGGCUGAAAAUUGCGGCAAUGCGGGGUAGCAUAGUGUACUUCACAACAUCACAGAUGUUCCAUCCGCUCGACGCCACUUGUUGGUUCGCUUGUCUGUGCUUGGAAAGUCGCAGGCUGGAGUGGUUGUUUCCGAGGACGUAUAAUGGUCUCUUCCAACCAUACCACCAUUCAUCGUGGAGUACUUUUCUGUUACCAGAGAAUGAAAGAUUUUAUCCCUUCAUAUGA